GCUCAAUGCUCAUUCACGUUGCUGACUCCUGAGUGCUCAUCAUAGUUGCAGCUCUAUUCCGCUUUCGAUGCAUCAGGUGAUCUCAGUGACAGACAUCCUCCUCGCAAUUCUCGCCAAUCUGGACGCACAUCCGUCAUCGCUAGCUGCAUUCGCAAGAACGUGUACAUCAUUGCACGAACCCGCGAUCGGUGUCUUAUGGAGCAGACUAUACAACCUCGUCCCCCUCAUCAAGCUCUUCCCCGAUGAUGCCUGGGAGAUGAAGCUUAAGGAGGAAGAAGACGCGCGCUAUCAAUGGCGAUCGCCGAUGCCUGUUGUCAACCUGACGAGGGCUCCAGUCGCACCUCACGAUUGGUUGGCUUUCGAUAAAUACGCAUGCCUGGUCAGACACCUCGGCUCGGACAUGCCAGUACACCAGGAAUUUGACAAUCGUUUUGCACACGAGCAUCUCUACUACGCCAGGGAACACAUCUCACUGACAACAUGGCAAAUGCUUGCCGUUUGUCGUCGCACCAGCCUGGUACCGUGGUUGCAGAGCGUUGUAUGGCCUCUCACUCCAUGUCAUAACGACAUAGGCACCAUCUUGUACCUGCAACUUCUGGUGUGUCCACAGCUCAGGCGCGUUACAGUGAAUCCAGACUUCCCUCUUCAUGACGAGGAGUCUGUUCGAUGUAACCUGCCACCGCUCGAAUCCAUCCUGGGCGCCUUGCACACUACCUGCCCAAACUUGGAGGCCAUCACAAUGUUGUCGUUCUCUGGUCCACUCCCCUCUGCACCAAUCAGGCUGUCGGUAUCCUCUCGACUGUCUUCACACCUCAUAGCAUUCCGUCAUCUGAAAUCAAUUCAAUGCCGGGGUGUCAAAUUUUCAGUGCGCGAUGUCCUACGAUUCUCUGCGAUACCGGUGUUGGAAUCACUGUCGAUUGAUAUGUUCGAUGACGACAAUGCGCCAAUCGCGACAGAAAACACGUAUCACACGUCUACCCCCUGGAUCUUCGCCUCCUUGACAAGGAUGUCGAUUCGUUUGUACUCGUUGCAAUGCUACAUGAAGCUUGCUGUUGCCUCGCCUUCCUUUCCCCAGGUCGAGGAACUGGAGCUGUCCGCAGACGCGUUGACGCAAUCGAGUAUCCCACAGCUGGCGCCAGUGUUCGCCAACAUCGCCUCAUUAUUCCCCCCCGAUACAUUGACGAAAAUCACCAUUCGUGACUACUCUUCUUAUGCGCAUCUAACAAUCUCUCAGAAUGUAGCGAUCACGCCUCAGAUCCUUCGCCACCUCUUCAUCUUCCGCAAUUUGCGACAACUGCGCAUCGCUGCUUGGAGUUGGCGCACGGAAUACGGUGACAACCUCCUUGUCGAUAUGGCAGCCGCUUGGCCCAAUCUACGUCACCUAGAUCUGAACACUUCAGUCGAGGCGAGCGGCUGGGAAAAGUCGCGUUUCCUCGUCACAUUGCGUGGCAUGCUCACUCUCGCCUGGCGCUGCCGAGAGCUCAACUAUCUCGGUGUACUGUUCCACGCAGAUCCGUCCAGUUUCCCGGACCACGAGGAGCUGCUCGAGCAGGAUCUCAGGGUCGUUGAUGGGAGCCCUGUGUUGGCUAGCCUUCGCCGUUUGAAUGUAUCCUGGUCAACCAUCACGAACCCGGAGCAAGUAGCUGCCAUUGUGUCCAAGUUCUUUCUGCCAUCCAUGACCGUCGAUAGCGCCUGUGGACGAUGGUCCAACGGAGACUUUGAGUCAGAUACCGGGACGGAAUCAUCAGACAAUGAGGCCUGGGGCAGCGUCGCAGGCCUCCUCCCGGUACUCUGUGGAGUGCGGGAAGAAGAGCGCAAGCGUGCCCGUAGACUGGUGGCUAGUGGCAGGUUCAGCGCGAUUUGAAUCGCAUGCAAGUAUCAUGCCAGAGUACAAUGCGUAGUGCCCUUCGCGCUGUCGAUCAGCGCACCUCGUCGAUUGUCCGGAUACUGUGGGAUCAACAACAAAAG